UAGAGGCAGUUUAUGGCCGAGAUAAUAGCUAAGGGAGAACAAGCCAGAAAGCAAACCGAAGAUGUCUCCACCGGUUAAGCUCAUCGGCGCGUUCGGCAGCCCAUUCGUGCACCGCGCCGAGGCGGCCCUGCGGCUCAAGGGCGUGUCUUACGAGCUCAUUCAAGAGGACAUGGAAAACAAGAGCGAGCUGCUGCUGCAGCACAACCCCAUCCACAAGAAGGUCCCCGCGCUCCUGCACGGCGACCGCGCCGUCUGCGAGUCCCUCCUCAUCGUCCAGUACGUCGACGAGGCCUUCGACGGGCCGCCCCUCCUCCCUAGUGACCCCAUCGACCGCGCCACCGCUCGCUUCUGGGCUGAUUUCAUGGAGCAGAAGUUUCGGAGGCCGCUGUGGCCGUCUUUCUGGACGAAGGGCGAGGUGCAGAAGGGGUUCAUCAAGGAGACCAAGGAGAACCUGGCGCUCCUGGAGGCGCUACUUGAUGGCAAGAGGUUCUUCGGAGGCGACUCGGUCGGCUACCUGGACAUAGCCCUCAGUGGAUUGUCCCGUUGGAUGGGUGUGUUUGAGGAGGUGGCCGACGUGCGCUUGAUGGGGGAGGACGAGUACCCUGCUCUGCACCGGUGGGCGAAGGAGUACAGUUCCGACGAAGCUGUGAAGCAGUGCUUGCCGGACAGAGAGCGUCUCAAAGGCCACUUCGCUGCAAAGAGAGACAAGAUGAGAAUGGUGGCCAUGGCGAUGCUGCAGCAGUAAUCCGGUGUCGUGUUUUGGCUGUUGGUAAAGGUCAGUCGUUUGAAGUCUUGCCAACAAAUAAGUGGUGCCUGGUCUUCUUGUAGAUGGCUUUGGUGCAGAGACGCAGCAGUCCCAUCCUUCUGUGUCUGCUGGUCCACAGCAUUCCAUAGCGGUGCCUGCUAUUACUGAUAUUUGCAUACAUGCAUGAUAAUUUGGGUGUUGUGAAUUGGCCUUUUUUUCUCGAGUAAAACUAAAAUGUGAUCCGGGACUUCA